GGCUGUGAGAGAGAAGUUUCAGAGGCUGCAAAUGGUGUCUCAGAUGAACUAAAGAGUGAGAGAAUUAUACGGUUAUCAUGGGCUCUUGUUCAUUCCAAACAACCAGAAGACAUGCAGCAUGGGAUUGCUAUGCUUGAAGCCUCAUUAGCCAAUAGUGGCAGCCCAUUGCAAAAGAGGGAAAAGCUUUAUCUUCUUGCUGUUGGGUAUUACAGAAGUGGUGAAUAUCGAAGGAGCAGGCAGCUUGCAGAACAAUGUUUAGAGGUUUUUUUUUCCCUUUCCUGUAUCUUAUCAGAAUUUGUACCUAGUAUUGCAAUUUUCUUUUCAGAUGGGCUUAUUGGAAUAGGCAUCACUGCAACAGUUGUAGGACUUGUGGCUGGUGGGAUUGCUGCCUCUUUAGGUUGA